AUGUCUAUGAUUACUGCCUCCGCGUGGGUGCGACGAGGCGUCGCUGCCCAGUUCCCCACCAAGUAUGAAAUCGACGAGGAGGAGAUGAAUCGUAUAUCCAAGCUGGCUCGCAUGCAGCUGGAGGAGGCGCAGGGGGAUCUCAAAGCCGCCCAGGAGGCAGAGGACGAGCAGAUGGAGGAGGAUACGAAGGAGGGCGAUGCGAUGGAUGACUCCAAGGAUGAGAAGGAGAAGCCCACAGAGAGCAAAGACGACGAUGACCUCAAAGAAUACGAUCUCGACCACUACGACAGCGACGAGGUCGACGAAGACGGCGAGAGGUCAUCAUACUUCCCCAUCGGCAAGGCGGCCGAGGAGAAGACGACCGGCAACUUUGUCGCCGUCGGCACGAUGGAGCCGGACAUUGAGAUCUGGGACCUGGAUAUCGUCGACUGCAUGUACCCGAAUGCGAUUCUGGGCCAGGGCGGCGAGGACGCGGGCGAGGCCAAGCCCAAGAAGAAGAAGAGCAAGGCGUCCAAGGCCAAUGACGCCUACCACGUCGACUCGGUGCUCGCGCUGGCGGCGAACCGGCAGCACCGCAACCUGCUGGCGUCGGCGUCGGCGGACCGCACGGUCAAGCUGUGGGACCUGGCGACGACCAAGUGCGCCAAGUCGUACACGCACCACACGGACAAGGUGUGCGCGCUGGACUGGCACCCGAAGGAGUCGACGGUGCUGCUGAGCGGCAGCUACGACCGCACGGUGGUGGCGGCGGACAUGCGCGCGCCGGACGCCCAGGCGCGCUGGGGCGUGGACACGGACGUGGAGAACGUGCGGUGGGAUGUGCACGACCCGAACUACUUCUACGUGACGACGGACGGCGGCAUGGUGUACCGGUACGACGUGCGGGCGAUCCCGAGCACGCCGGCGGCGUCGAAGCCGGUGUGGACGCUGCAGGCGCACGACGACUCGGUGUCGGCGUUUGACGUGCACUCGACGAUCCCCGGGUUCCUGGUGACGGGGUCGGCGGACAAGCAGGUGAAGCUGUGGAACGUGGAGAACGACAAGCCCAGCAUGGUGGUGUCGCGCAAGCUGGAGGUCGGCAAGGUGUUCUCGACGACGUUUGCGCCGGACGCGGAGGUCAGCUUCCGGCUGGCGGUGGCGGGCAGCAAAGGCGUGGUGCAGGUGUGGGACACGUCGACCAACGGGGCGGUGCGGCGGGCGUUUGUGUCGCGCAUGCCCAGUCUGGAGGGCGAGGUGAAGGAGCGGAUGGUCGGACUUCCGGCGGACCAGGACGAGUCGGAGGAUGAGGGGGCAGUGGAAGUGGGUGGGGGGCAGGAUGGGUGGGAGUCGAUGGAUGAGGAUGACAAUUAG